AUGGCAGCCAUAUUAUCAGUAGUGGGCCUACCCAGUCAUACCAACUGUUAUGGCAGCCAUAUUAUCAGUAGUGGCGCCUACCCAUUCAUACCAACUGCGCCUACCCAGCCAUAUUAUACAGUACUGUUAUGGCGCUACCCAGUCAUACCAUACCAGUACUGCCUACGGCAGCCAUAUUGGUGCUGUCAUACCAACUAUGGCAGUCAUAUUACCAACUGUUAUGUGGCCAUAUUAACAGAAGUGGCGCCUACCCACUCAUACCAACUGUUAUGGCAGCCCAUUCAUACCAACUGCUACGGCAGCCAUAUUAUCAGUAGUGGCACCUACCCAGUCAUACCAACUGUUAUGGCAGCCAUAUUAACAGGAGUGGCGCCUACCCAUUCAUACCAACUGUUAUGGCAGCCAUAUUAUCAGUAGUGGCGCCUACCCAGUCAUACCAACUGUUAUGGCAGCCAUAUUAACAGUAGUGGCGCCUACCCAGUCAUACCAACUGUUAUGGCAGCCAUAUUAUCAGUAGUGGCGCCUACCCAGUCAUACCAACUGUUAUGGCUGCCGUAUUAUCAGUAGUGGCGCCUACCCAUUCAUACCAACUGUUAUGGCAGCCAUAUUAUCAGUAGUGGUACCCAGUCAUACCAACUGUUAUGGCUGCCAUAUUAUCAGUAGUGGCGCCUACCCAUUCAUACCAACUGUUAUGGCAGCCAUAUUAUCAGUAGUGGUACCCAGUCAUACCAACUGUUAUAGUAGCCAUGUUAUCAGUAGUGGUGCCUACCCAGUCAUAUCAGCUGUUAUGGCAGCCAUAUUAUCAGUAGUGGUACCCAGUCAUACCAAUUGUUAUGGCUGCCGUAUUAUCAGUAGUGGGUGCAUGGUGCCUACCCAGUUAUACCAACUGUUUUGGCAGCCAAAGUAAAUGUUAACGCGCCUGAGGGUGACCUUGUUCACUUUGAGAGACAUUACUAAAUUUGUUUAUAAUUUAUCAACACUGAUCAUCACCCCAUCUCCCAAUACAGACCAAAAAAAACAUGUUACAGGUUUAUUCAUAAGACUGGGGAGAAUUAAAAAAGUAACUGCAAAAUUCAGACAAAAAGUGCUUUUCACAAAACAUUUAUUAGAACUCGUGGUUUUGUUUCCAACCACAUAGAGUUGUUUAUUUGCUGUUACCUAUGAUUGAUAUAAGCAGGUUUGCGGUUCCCACUUUGUAUUUCUUUAAGUGUCUGGCUUAUCUGCCCUAUAAUGUGUGUGUAUAUAUAUAUAUUUUCGUGGUGUAAGACACCGCAGCCACGUACACUUCAUAUUUCAAGUCCCCACUAAACCUGCAUUAUGUGAAUUGGGUGAAUUUGGCUUACAUUUUUAAAUUCCCUUUGACAGAACUUGGUUGUUAAGGGGUUACUGUCAAGACAAUAGGUUUAUUAAUGUACUUGUCUUGGGGUCAGAUGACAUGGAUGGCUGUGUUAUGACAGGCGUGCACUUAGAAACGCAACACCGUUUAUUGUAAGCCAGCGAUAACACAAAGAACAGAGUUUAUCAUAUUAUUUUGCUCGGAUGGGUUAAAUGACCGUGUUAAAGGUGGCAAUGUAUGAAGCCUCCCCCAUAUCCUGUGGCCAGUUACUCUGACAAUCACACAAAUGCACAUCCUGCUUGCGCACAGGCGUACACAGCCGACAUCCUGUUUAUCAGGAAACAGAACAAUGAGGAAAAACAUGUCCCAGAAUCCUCUCUGCUCCUGCGUUAACUCCGAUACAUGAAACAAUGUUCUUUGUGUGGAUACGAUUGGAUUGCUAGCUUAGUGAUGCACGUGGGAUCUCGAUGGCAGCAGAUGUUACAUUGUGAUACAGGAUGCAGUGUGAUUGUGCUACGGCACAUCUGCGAAGAACCCGUUAUAGGCACCACUAAAGUGUCAAGAUUUCCCACUAAUGGGCGCUUUUAUUACAGGUUAACAAUUCAUGUUCUUUAACGGGGUUAAUGGUACCGAUUUAAAAAUCGAGCAAAAAAAAAAAAAACAGAAUAUUCUCCAAGUGCAUUAUAAUCACAAUUAUCCUGUUUUAAUUUGCUACAAAUCAGAGUUCUCUGAAUAGACCUGUGAAAUGUGAACUGUGGAUUUCAAAUGUGAGACGGGAGAGAUCUGAUAGCUGAUGUGAAAACUUUUAACUGUUUAACAAUUUUAAUCUAAAAUUUUAAAUUACUUUCAGUUCCUGCCAAUUCACACUUUUGUAAAUAAUGUCAGAAUAAAGAGAAAUAAUUGUGAGAUUUGGAACUCACUGUAAAUGGAUGCUAUCUCAGGGGUGAACUGGGACACUCCAAACACCAUAACCACUAUAGUGAAUUUUAGAAAGGUUUGAUUUCUUACCUGGAGUCUGCAGAGCGCUGCUCGCCACCUCCAUAAUAGCUCCUACAGUUAGCACUCCUGCAGUGCUGGGCUUAGCUCAGCGGAGAGAGCUUGGAACCGUCACUGAGCAGAAUUGGAGGCGAGGAGCUGCACCCAGCAGGUAGCAAGACAAACCGUUCUCCAUACAAAGUCUGUCUCCUUACAAUGGGAGGUGCCAGGACACUACUGGCACCAUAACAACCACAUCGCACUGUCAUGGUAAGGGUGCUUGCAGUAUACCUUUAAGAGUAUUUAAUCUCUGAACUGCUUUCUUUAUGGCAGAAUUCUUUAAAUCCCCUAUUAGUCCAGGUUGUAGGAUAAACAUAUAGAAAUCCAGUCCGUAUACCACCUAACAAAAAAGAGAGGGAUGGAAAGAAAAGAGACAGUAAGAUUUGGCAAGAAUGCAAAUAGUAGAAAAAUUUAAUACUCAAUAAAAAUACAUAGCACACAAUGCAGGGAGAGACAGCCGCCUAAUGCAUUUCGUACCUAGCGUGGCACUUAGUCAUAGGGUAUCUAUCCUUUAGCACAGACCAUAAGUAGAUUAAACAUGACACAAUUCUAGCUCCCUCACAUACAAUUACCAGAUCAGUACUCAAUGUUCCAUUACACUUUCCAGAUCACGUAUAGCAGAGAAGGUAUUCGCACCCAGUUUUAUUCCACCAGUACACUGCCCGAUUGCAGCUACAGCAGCAGUCAUGAUGCACAUAAGCCAGUCCCAUCAUGGACUGCACGCUCCUGGAGUGCAUGGCAUAGCUUGCUGGGUAUGAGCUGGACACAUGGAAACCAAGACAGUUUAUUUAUUAAAAAAAUGGCCCUUGUGUGUUCGUUUACUAGUUAACUAGCACAACAAAGAAACAAAAUAACACACAGUAAAUUUGUCAGUUUUACAUGACAGGGUCCCUUUAACCCCUUAAGGACACAUGACAUGUGACAUGUCAUGAUUCCCUUUUAUUCCAGAAGUUUGGUCCUUAAGGAGUUAAACUCAGGAUUCAGAAGCAGCUGGCAAGGGGCUUUAUUAAGGGGAUACAUGGCUACCACCACGGCUGACUUAGUCUGGGGAGGGAGAACCCCAAAUGAGGUUUGCAAUUAUUGAUCUAAAGUGAAUGUGAUUUGUCAAAUGUAGAACUUUAAAUGGGAGAGGAAAACUUAAACAUAAACCGUAUUCCACAAAUGGGUAUUUGAUGACAUUGCAGCAAUAUUUUUGUAAGGUUAGCUGGUUUUAACAUUUAUCAGAAAGAUAAAUCAUUAUGAAAUGCGGUGAGCAAUGUUUUAUAACACAAAAUACAGAGCGAAAUACUGGGGGCUAUGUACAAAGAGUGUUCCUGUGUAUGACAAAAUCAGUGAUGGCACUAUAGACUGCACCACCUUCAGCAAAAUUUACAAAAAAGAAUCUAAUUAUAAGCAUUAUAAUGACCCCGCUUAUAUGAACAUUUUAGUGAACUCCAGUUCUCUGUCACCUUGUUUUUAUCAUUACCUUCGAGAACAGACAAAAGUUGGAAUAAAAACUGAAAAUACAUCUCAGUCUGCUCUCAUUUAUAAUAGUUCACCAACGGAGGAUACACACUCACACUCAGGAAUCCAGCUUAUCAGGGCCAACGUUGGCAAAACCCAGUUUAGUAGAUAAAUGAGGUCCAGGCCCUCCGGACUGCUGCAGGAAGGCAGGUUUAUUGGAACAAAAUGUGCAACGUUUUGGCCUGCA